AUAGAAAGAGUUUGGCUUCAUUGGUUGAACAUAUUCAGCCUGAAAAUGAAGUCCUUGCCCAUUAUUAUUUUGGCUCUGGCCUUAUUUUUACCGACGAUUCGGUCGGCAUCCAUUUUCGACUUCGAUGACAAAUUAGAGCUAGUUCGUGAAAGACGAGCUACUGGGACUGGGACUGGCACUGGCAGUACCUCUUCAACUGCAAGUGGUAGCACUUCUACAACUAGUAGUGGUAGUACUUCUACGACUAGUAGUGGUAGCACCUCUACAACCAGCAGCGGCAGUACUUCUACAACUAGCAGUGGCAGCACCUCUACAACUAGCAGUGGUAGUACUUCUACAACUAGCAGCGGCAGUACCUCUACAACUAGCAGCGGCAGUACCUCUACAACUAGCAGUGGCAGUACCUCUACAACUAGCAGCGGAAGUACCUCUACAACUAGCAGCGGUAGUACAUCUACAACUAGCAGUGGCAGCACCUCUACAACUAGCAGUGGUAGUACUUCCACCACUAGUAGUGGCAGUACUUCUACAACUAGUAGUGGCAGUAGCUCUACUGGCACCUCAGAUUCAAGUAGCGAUUCCUCCACUUCAAGCAGUGACUCAGGUUCAAGUACAUCGACCGGAACUAGUAGUGGAAGCAGUAGUGGAACUAGUACAGGAACUAGUACUGGUUCCGCCAGCACUGGAUCUAGUUCAAAUAGUAAUGCUGCUCGCCUUCGUCGUCUUCGAAGACUCCGACGGCUUCGACGACUUCGUCGGCUCCGAGCACUCCGCAAGCGGCGUCGUCAACGUCAAGCACGCGCACGUAGAGCCCGUAAACUUCGCAAUAAAAAACGUAGGAACCGCCAACGAAAACUCCGUAAUCGCCGUAGGCGCAAUCGUCGCCUUCGUAACCGCCGAAUUCGCAACCGCCGCAAUCGCAAUCGCAGAAACCGCAAUCGCAGGAACCGAAACCAACGCGGUUAAAGCUCCUUUGUAAAGUACGGAUUUUUAAAUAAAAAAUCGAUGCAAAAAA